AGACGAGCUUGACUCCGCGAAGGGAAUAAACCGCCGCAUACGACGCAGUGCCGCCCAGUCUGACACUCGGCAUCCGCGCAACGGUCGCAGUUCUUCCCCGUUGCUCAUCGCACCAGUGUCACCUGAACAUUUCGGCUUUGGGAAGCCAUGGAGUUUUUACCGGCCGGCAAAUCGGCCACAUUCUUCCUGGUCGCCGCGCUUCUCGUCGCCUGCGCUCGCCAUGCCAACGCUGCAAGUGGAGCUGGACGCGAGCGACGUGCCUCGCAGUCCGAGGACUUCGAGUGCCCGUUCCCCGAUGGGCUGUUCGCCGACCCGGAGACCUGCCGCCGCUUCUACAUCUGCUCGGGCGGCACACCCUUCAGCCAGACAUGUCCGCCCUCGCUCUACUUCGACGACGUCAAGAAAUUCUGCACCUUCAAGAACAAGGAGCUCACCUGCGGACCCGUUGAGAGCACGACGACGGAGCGGCCGAAGCCCGAUCCGGACACGGCUCCCAAGUGCGACCCGACCCUGUGCCAGCUGCCGGAGUGCUACUGCAGCGCCGACGGGACGCUGAUCCCGGGAGGCCUGGAGCCCAAGGACGUGCCCCAGAUGGUGCUCAUGUCCUUCGACGGCGCCCUGAACAACAUGAACUUCCCGCACCACCGGUCCCUGCUGAACAAGGAGCACCGCAAGAACCCGAACGGAUGCCCCAUACGAGCCACCUUCUUUAUCUCGCACGAAUACACCAGCUACUUCUACGCGCAGAGGAUGUUCGCCGACGGACACGAGUUGGGAUCGCUGAGCGUCACGCACCGUGGUCCUGAGAGCUGGUGGUCUAAGGCCAAGUACGAGAACUGGACCGAAGAGAUGGUGGGCAUGCGCGAGAUCCUGUCCCGCUUCGGGAACAUCUCCAAGGAGAACGUUCUCGGCAUGCGCGCUCCCUACUUGAAACCAGGCGGCAACGCCAUGCUCAACAUGAUCUACGACUUCGCCUUCGCCUACGACUCGUCGUUCGCCGCGCCGCCCAGCAAGACCCCACUGUGGCCGUAUACGCUCGACUACCGCAUCCCGCACCAUUGCGUAAACAAGGGUUGUCCUACACACUCUUACCCGGGCGUGUGGGAGAUACCGCUGAACACGCUGUACAGUGAGGACGGCAGUGGCGGUCAGUGCGUGCUCGCCGACCAGUGCGUCUUCCCUGACGACGAAGACACCGUGUUCGAGUUCCUGCUCGAGAACUUCCUGCGCCACUACCGCACCAACCGGGCGCCGUUGGGACUGUACUUCCACGUCAACUGGUUCACCGACAAGGUUAAGACCAAGGCGCUGCACCGGUUCGUGGACCACAUACUGAACAACUAUGACAACGCCUGGUUCGUCACCAUGCAACAGGCGCUGCUGUGGAUGCGCUCGCCACGACGCGUCGCCGAGCUGCGCGACUUCGAGGCGUGGGCUUGCCCCAAGCGUGAGCCUGCCUGUAACCUGCCAACCACGUGCGCGCUGCCCUUCGCGGACGAACACUCGUACGGUGACCUGCGUUACAUGGAAACGUGCUCGGCGUGCCCAGCGCGCUACCCGUGGAUCGGCAACUACGGUGGCCAGCAGGUCGGCAAGAUGAUCAUGGAUCAAGUGGCCGAGCAGAACCAACAGUCGGCUGCCGAAGGCUCCGGCAGCGAUGAAGACUACAAUGUCACCAGCGCUGCUGUCUAGUGGUCUCGUCUCAUGCGCGCCACCUCCGAGGACGUGUGUGACAACUGAUCGAAGGGACAUUGAACUCGAGGCAGGCUAGUUUUUCUCUCACCAAGAGCAGUGCUGUAAAAUGCCAGAGUAGACAAAGGCUAGCGAAAAUUCCGACAGUUAGUGACCUCACAAAUUGUGACAGCUGUGGGUUGCUGAUAGGAGCUUCACUACAUCUUAAACUUGAGAAAAAUCGGGCAUUGCAUUUUGUCAGAUCUAUUCAAAACAUCAUUACAGCCUGACCAGCUUGUGCCCCCGACAGAAAGCCAAAGUGCGCCUCGACCGGACACGUGCGGUAAUGGACGGAUGUUUGAUGUCGGGUUGUACAUAAAUGGACAGCUGGGAGUAAUUUAUCAGAAAAACAGUUAACAUCAUAUCGCUGCGCGCGAAGUGAUGACUAAUGUUUUGCUAAUAACAGUCGCACUGAAAAGGACAAGUAGCUGAUCUGUUGUGAGCACGUGAGAAACUAAGCAUCGUGAAAUACGCAGUGUGUUAGGGCUACGAUCAAAAUUAACUCAGACCCGAACACGCUUCCACUAUCAUCUCAUCUUGAGAUGAGAGUGGAAGCGUGUCCGCGGUGCAACAAAAACACAUAAAAUUGCGACUCCCAGCAAAUGCUCUCCACCGCAUACCAUAAACACGCGCAAAUGAAGAAAAGGUAAGCCCAUUAUUUGUAACGAUGCCAGAAAGAAUCAACCGCAGCUUUUCUCUUCAUUUCCCAGCACUGGAGCUUAAGUGGGGGAAAACAUGGCAAGAAGAAUGCCAGCCGUUGAAGUAACAACCGCUCGCGCAGAACUUAGCAUUACUUGAAGGAGCGCAACGUGUGAACUCCUUCAUUAAGUGACAGGCCCCAUUUUUGUUACUCCGCACGGCACAAUACUCACUCGAGCUACUCGUGCCUUUUCAAACAGCGAGAGUUACGUUCACUACUAACAAUUCGUUGUAGAAUCUCCGAGGGCAUGCAUACCUUGGCGUCACAAAAAUAAAGUUUUUUUUUUUCAAAUGCGGAAUUUGCAUUUGAAAGUGAAGAAGCCAGAAGUUUAGCACACAAAUGCCACAUUCGAGUGCCGACAAGCAGCCGUAUCACGCGUUCAAUGUGUAGUUUCAAGUCUCGGUCCUGCAACCGCAUCAGAAUUUUCAUUGGCAGCGGUACAAGUUAGACAAUGACCGUGACGACUUUGCUAGAACUUCGAGAUCCGAGACCAAGGAAUGCGCCGUGCCCUCUUUCCCUCACUGCGUAUACAUUUCGUUGUUGUUUGUGUAUUCUGUUUUGCAGAACCAUAAUCAUAACUUAUCAUGUUUGAGAAUGUGUGCACACUUCGCUCAUGUCCACGCGCAUAGUUUUCGUUUUUUCAUUACGCUCACUAUCCAUUGAAGCAUUACUUUUAUGCGUGCGUCAGUGCUGUGUAAAACCUUCUGCUCACAUGUUAUACCGUUUGAAACGAGCUGUCCACAAAGUUUCAAUGAAACUGACCCAUUCCUUGUGCGUAUCAAGUCGCCGCUGGGCUAUACACAUCGCUUAACAGCGCCCCAUCCAUAGCGACCGCCAUGCAAACAUUUCUAAAGGUCCCAAUACAACACAUAAUUUGUAAUAAUAAUAAUGUCCACUCGAGAGCAGCGCGAAACUACAAAACGACUUCGCAUUGGUUUACGCGCUAGCUGCGUGCAACUCCCUGAUAACGAUUUCAUUCAUAAAACUUUUGAUGCCUUCCCGGUUUACGCAAUACUGUCUUCUUACAGCCAGUGUUCGUUUAUUCGCGAGAAAUGCUGUUUUCUUAUAGUUCGCACUUGUUCAAUCUUGUUCAAUGAGAUUUUUUUCUCAGGUUUCUGGAUUACUGCAUCCCUUACAUAUAUAUAGAUAUACUUUUUCAUAAACGAAUAGCAGGGUUAUUCCUAAAUACAUGAAACAUCGCCAUAACUUCUUAUGGCGCAACGAGCUUCAUUUGUAUACAUCGCUCUUGUCAUACGAAUAAAUUUUUUUGUAUUUA